AUAUGAAGCUUGCUACCCUCUUUUUAAACGUUCUUCGAGGUGCUCAAGAACCUAUUGUUGCAUCCGGACAUCCAAGUGCAUGUGCUCUCGAAUUCUCUAGGUCGUGGGAGGUCAUAGCAACAUGGGGCGCUGAUCCACUCGAGUAUUUUGGUGGCUUCCGUUCUCUAAAGUAUGAUGAGGAUGCGAAAUUUCCGAGCUCUCUGGCUCCUAAUGCAACUGUCUCCUGGUCCACCAUUGCAGCCCAACAGUUAUCUUGCGAUCCUCAAUCCGCUCAGGUUGCUCUGUCUGUAGCAUUUCCUGAUAUCGAUCUGGCUUUUCUUCAACAGAUCUACGGUUGGGCGGCUUUACAAUACCAAGGCUGGGCUCGAGGCCAUCUUCAUGUCAAUGGCGAAGAGCCUCAGACUUUAACCCUNGCAACAGACAACCUCCUUGAGUUCUAUCUCGAUGGACAUCAUCAUUUUGGUGGGGAUUACUACGCUUUCCGACGAGCUCCAAUUGUCUUGCAUCUUGAGCCUGGCAAUCAUGUCAUCGAAAUUCGACUUGUGCGCGACGUAAGAGCAAUGGGAGGCAUAGGCACUCCAAGUAUCGAUGUGCAACUCGAAGCCCGAGCCUCGACCAAAGACCUUCACAUCUCUGCAGAUAAUGCUCUCAUGCCUGACAUGGUUGAUGGUCGUUUGGCAAGCAUGCUGGGUUCUAUCCCGGUUCGCAACGACCAUGUACACGAUAUCGAAAUCUUCGCAGUUUCCGCCAACGACAGUUCGUACUUUGUGUGGUUGUUGCAACCUGAUGAUUUUCGGGUUGUUGCUGGACAGACUAGACCUGUUUCUGUGGCUAUAUCAUGCCAGACAAAGUGCAGUCCGUAUCUUGGCAUCGAUGUAGAGUAUGGUGUCGUCGGUCAAGACCGCUCUCAGGCCUCUGUGCUGCUGCACCUGGAUCAUCACUUCAUCCAGCGAAAGUUGCAUGAGCCAUUGAAGGUGACUUUUUAUCAUCCAGGUGGAAUGGUAUCUUAUGCUAUUCUGAGGCCUCCACCAUCAAAUCACUCCUGUCCUCUGGGCUCGAAGGGGCUGUUGCCAGUGUUUUUGCAAUUACAUGGCGCUGGUGUAGAGGCUGAUAACGAUAUCGUAAGGCAUGCUCUGGAUCCGCUGACUGACCUCUGUGCAUGGGCUGUAUUCCCUACAGGGUCAACUCCCUGGAGUGGCGACGAUUGGCAUGUUUGGGGUUUCGCAGAUGUAGAAGCUGCCAUUGAAGCCAUACCUGGAUGGAUAGAAAGUAUUGGAUGGAAUGGCCCAGGUGUAAACACAAAGCGUUGGCUUGUUGCUGGCCACUCCAACGGAGGGCAAGGAACCUGGUAUGCUUUGACGCAUCGCCCCGACAACGUUUUCGCAGCCGCUCCUAUAUCUGGUUACUCAUCCAUCCAAAACUACGUGCCCUUCGACUUGUGGCAGCCUAUUCCCCCUUCAGUUCGUGCUCUUUUGGAUGCGUCUUUGAGCAGCUAUCGCCAUGAGCUGUUGCUAGACAACGCGAAGGGCAUCAGUAUCUUACAACAACAUGGAAGCAUCGACGACAACGUUCCGGCUUUCCAUUCGCGACUGAUGAACCAGCUUAUAAAACAGCAAGGGGCGAACUCGUCGUACAUUGAGCUUCAAGGAAAGAACCAUUGGUUCGAUGGCAUCAUGACAACUGAACAUCUGAGCAAGUUCUUUGAGCGAAAUCUCAACAACUUCGCACGACCUUUGCGUGCCCCUGAGGCUUUCACCCUGGCUGUCGCAAACCCGGCAGACUCGGGUCCAAAGUUUGGAGUUGAGAUCCUUUAUCUGCGUCGUCCGGGCCAGCUUGGAAAGGUCCAUGUCUCCUUUCAUUCAUCACAAUGCGUUCUUCGAAGCUCCAAUGUUCUGAGCUUGCGUUUGCCAGACAUAUAUCCACGAACGCAUGGCAUUGUUGUUGAUGGUCAAAGGAUAGAUUUGCCCCUCCAGGCCAAAAGCAAUGACUUGUGGCUGGAUCCAGAUGGUACUUGGAAGGUUCUCUCUGGGCAUCGAUCUCCGGCAUUGCGAGACCGGAACCAGCUAGGUGGGAUGGAUGCUAUAUUCCGUACCCAGAACACUUUGCAAAUCAUCAGCCACUCACAACAGGCACGCCAUACUGCUGUUCAGAUAUCUCGCAACUUCCAUCAAUAUCUCGGUGCCGACACAGAAAUCUUGGAAUCUGGAACGGGACCUCCAAGGCAGUAUAGCAACAUUGUUCGUGUUGUCUUGUCGAGCAAUCCGCCUGCGGAUCACCUCAAAGACUUCGCCUUCCAAGCGGACUCUUCCAAUGGCAUAAGCAUACGCACAACAGCCGGCCAGAUGAAGUACGUCAGCUCAGCAGGACUCGGUGCCAUAUUCUUGAGGCCGCUACCAGCAGGAGCGGUGGAGCUGGUGGUAUGGGGUUAUGAUGCAGACGGGUUGGACGUAGCAUCACGCCUUGUGCCCAUGCUCCCAGGAGUUGGACAGCCAGACUUUGUUGUAGCAGAUAGACGGAUGCUUCAGGAAGGUGCAGGUGGUGUCCUGGCAAUGGGAUCCUUUGAUCAUCUAUGGAACGUAACAGAGAACUCGUACUUUACU